AUGCCGCGGCAUAGUUCGGCCCGCGCUUUCGGCGCCCGGGGGUCCUCUCUCUCUCUCUCUCUCCAUAAACGACCGCUGGCGGCGCGUGAAAUACGGCCGCCGCCACGCAAAUCAUAUAUUAAGCGGGCCCGGCCGGGCAGCGCCGGCGAUAAAGUGACUUUAAGAGCGCGCGCCGGCCGGCGGCCGCCCGCGAGCCGCCGCGGGGCCCGCGUUAAGGCGCGCAGAUUUACGGCCGGCCACAAUGUUGAAGCGGGAGGUGGUGGGCGGGGGGCCAACAAAUCAGUGCGCGCGGGACGCGGGUUGCCCAAGAGCCCUCCGCGGGGGCCCGCGCGCCCGCGGAAGUUUGCGCGCUGCCCGCCGCUAAUUGAGGAAACAGCAGAUUACUCCAUCAGGACACGCGUGUCGCGGCCGGGCCUGUCCGCCCUGCCCUGCCCCUGCCCCGAGGCCCUGCGUGCCCGAGUGCGUGGCAGAGAGUGCCUUCCGGCGUGGCCCUUACCUAGCCCUCGUCUCCCACUGCCGCCUCCUCCACCUCGUUUAUUUACUGAGGAACUUUUACCGGCGGUCCCGCGCUUGGCUCUAGUCUUGUGCCCACCUGACUGGAGGAGCUCUGUGGAGGGAGGCGGGGGCGUCGCCGCCCUGCCGCCCCGCGCCGACUGCGCACUUGCGCGCAGCCCUGGUCGGUGGUGGGGGGUCGCGGCGGCAAGGGGCGUGGUCGCCCGCCAGCCACCUAUUCAAAGAGCGUGCCAAAAACUUCCGGCGGGACCCAAGUCUCCUCCACGUUAA